CACGUAUGAACAUAUUAUCGGUUGAUUUGCCACCCAUCGAAAUACCAUGGCCGAAUUUUGUUGGUAUAAUGCGGUAUCCACGGAUAUUUGUAAUCCGCAACUCUUGUUGCUAUAGAUGGACGGGCUUGGGCUUAAAGCAGAAACGCUUCAAUUUUCGGAAGGUCGUCACCAAUCCAACCUGCCAUGGACUUCACACCAGAGCACUUCCGAAUGUCAGGAGACCUCUCGAAACCCGUCCUCAAAAGCCGUGAAGUAAGCACAAAUCAGAAUGGCGCUGUAUUCACUACCAAUUACUCGAGUGGGAAAGUGGGCGCUUUAGCAUUAUUCGGAAUCAUCGCCGCAGCAGGUGUUGCCCUCGUUAUUGGCUUCUUCAUUGGAAGGAGAUUUUAUCGACAUCUCUCCCGAAAGCGACGACUACGUAAACUAGGAUUAAACGCACCACCUGAAAUGACUCUUACCCCCGCCACACCACUGACACGUUCAAUGGCCUCCCUUCGAUGGAUACUUCCUAAGCAGAAGAAGGACGCCAACAGGUUAUCCGUUGUGAUUGUCAAGCGAUCGCAAGUGAUCGAGGUUGGUGUGAUUGGAGCUGACGAUGAGGAUCGGGUUGCGAUGGGAAGCUUAGAAGACUUGAAUGCGGGAUGUCCAAUGCAUAACUUGCCAGGUGUUGGAGCGGAGAAUACUCACGAGAAUCACGAGAAUCAUGACACAACAGGUGGAUCUACCUCACUACCCGACGACUUCGCAAAUUCUUCACAUUUGAAUCCUGAAGUCUCCUCACAACCGGAACCGGAAUACCCACCACCAGUCUACAUUGAUGUUAAUCUUCCCCCCAUGAUUCUUGAAUUUCAGUUCGAAUCUCCGAGAAGUAGUCAUUCAAUACAGAGUGUAGAAGCGAGGGAUUCUGGAAAGGUCUUGGAUGGUCUUGAGUGGAAGAAAGAUUGAUGGUGAAUGUAUGUGAGAUAUAUUUAUUUAAGAUAAAUUGUAUAGAGCUAAUGAUUUGGUCAAACACGACAUCCGCGAUACUGGGAA